CAUGACUGGGUGUUCGGCGUCCGGUAUCACGACACGUCGUCAGCGAAGCAGGAUUUCGAAGCCACGCUCAUCAGCAGUUUGGCCACGGAGCUGUCGCAAGCAUGGCUGUCGAUCUUCUCUUUUUGCUCGCGGCUGAGAAAGGCUUGUGAGGAUGCUGAGCAUGGCAUGCUCGUAUCGAAUGCACCGUAUCGAUGACUGACUGGGGUGCGCAAGUGUGCAAGUGCUCUCCACUUGUCUUGCCGUGCGUGCCUCGCCGCAUCCACGCCGGUCGGCGUGGUGGAUGGCAAAGUCGACAGGGAGAUAAAGUGGCUCCCGACUUCAUUGCUCUACACGUACUCACACCACUGCUGUACAGCUCGCCCUUGUACAGACUGCAUCAGGCUCAACAGGACUGCGGGAAAGUGUUCGCAUCUAUUCUAGAUCUUGGUCGGGAAACUCUCGUCAGCCCACCAGAAUUGGAGCUCCGACACGGCAAGUUGGCAGCCGAGGCGGCGGCGUCGUCGUCGUACUUCUUCAGCCUUCAGGCCAGCCACCCGGGUGCUGUCGCUUUAUUAAUUAUCUGAGCUGGGCUCAAAUACAUUCGUUUCGCAGCGCAUUCCGGCUUCCAGCCAGCCAAGAUGCCGCUGUUCGUUCGCUCCAUCGGUUUUUUGGCCCUGCCAUUGGCCUCGAUCGCGCACGCUCGCAGCUUGCCUGAAGUCAACGAUGCCAGCUGGGAGCAGAAUCUCGAGUCCGUGUCCAGGUCGUCCCUUAAGGCUGCGAUCGAGAGCAAUUUGCAGCCCAAAUACCAAGAGGGUGUCUUCGAAGACGAACACGAGGCGAUUGCUGCAGUACACAGCGAGGAUGCCAAUUUGGCAUCUCAGCUAGUCGACCUCGCGAAACAAGAUGCCGCCAUCAAAGACUACUUGCGCAAGCGUCAAGACAAUGCCACGGUAUCUACAGACUCCGCGACGACUAGCUCCGUCAUUGUCACUGACCUUGAGACGACCACGGAAGUCGAAACGGAGACGGUACAAGCUACUACCACAGCUCCCACCUCGCAAGGUCAGUCGUCUUCUCUCUCAUCGGUAGAGUCUUCGGAAGCGGAGCCUUCUACCGUUGUCGUUGUCGAUACGAGUGCUGUUACUCGGACGUUGUCGUCGACGGUGAGCUCGGUGCAGGCCACGAGCAGCAACAAUGAAGGUCAGACGACUCCCGCCUCGACCUUACCUUCUGUGCAAACCGAGACACUUCCGACUUCUUCUUCUCCUCCAGAGCAGGGCUCAUCCUUGAUUGUAGUUCCAGACACCAGCGCACCCGCCACAACACAGACCGGAGUUUUGGUCCCCAUCACGACCACCGCGACUGCUGAUCAAAGCACUGUCGUUGUGACUACCACCGCGUUCGAGACUACCGCUCAAACGACGAUUGCAGUGGAACAGACGACAACGAACGACGAAGGUCAGACAGUUGUCACCACUACUGAGCAACCCGCCACGAUUGUGACGCAGACCGAUGCUGAAGGUUCGACGAUCGUUACGACUUCACCAGUUCCGGAAGUAACAGUUGCCCCAGGAGGAAGCAUAGUGACAUCUGCUCCUGAUUCCGUCACGACUACUGAUAGUCAAGGCGAUUCUGUGGUGCUGACUAGACCAACUUCCGGCGGCGUUUACACAGCAACUGACUCCGGCGGCGAUGUCGCCAUUGUCACAUACCAACCUGGAGGAGGCACCGUCAGCCAGGUCCGAGUGCGUACGACGACUCUACCCAAUGGCCAGCGAUCGACCAUUACGUCCUUCGCAGAAGUCGGAGCCGAGACUGGCACUCCUGAAGCCAAUGGUGGUGGCAGUUCUGAGGAACAGCCGGGACUGCAAUCUGGUGCAGUCUCGGUAUCUGGCUAUUUCGGCGCCGGCCUCACACUCUUUGCCGGAGCGUUGAUAGGAGCUGCUAUGUUGUGGUGAAUCUAGUCUUGCUUUGGCGGGGUUUGAUCUGAACAGAUGUACAUGAAUGACGAAACAAAAAUGUUUGUACGGUAUAGGUGGGAGGAUAGUGCAUAGCGGCAAUGUUUAAAGGAAUUGAAGUGCAUAUAGAUCACACAGCGGAGGGCGGACGCUUCACGAAACAUAAUGAAAGCGUUUGCGGAGUUUCUCCAGUAACAAUUCCUUAAGUGCACAGUUCUGAUCUCGCAAGAUAAGAAUAUCUUUGACCAAGAACGUUGUGGUAUUG